AUGAGUGAAAUUAGUAAAUAUCCAACAGGAUCUCUAUCAAUUAAAUUUUUUUCACAAAUGACAGAGAAAAGAGUAUUAGUUAAGAAAGUUAGAUUAAUAGCAAAUAAAGAAUUACAAAUGUGUAUUUCAAAAGAUUUUGUUGCAAUACUUACAAGUGGAACAUAUGAAUUAAUUGAAGUAUGGGAAUGGCCAAGUAUUACAGAAAUUUCAUGUACAGAAAAUGCAGAAGAAUUUAUUGUUAAAGUUAAUGGAAAAAAACAAAAAUUAAUAUCAACAGCAAGAAGUUAUGUUAUUUGUAUACUUCAAGAAUAUAAAUAUAAAGUUAAACCAACACAUUAUAUGUCAUUUUUAGCAGAAAAAAUAUAUAAUAAUGGAAAAAAUAAAGAAGUUAAUAUUCAAAUAAGACCAUAUGGAAUAGUUGAAAUAUCAAAAAAAGAAGGAAAAAAAGAAAAAGUAAUAAUGUUUUGUGAUAUUAAAGAAAUAUGUUUAUGUACAGAUUCACAAGGAAUUGGAAUUAUUAAAGAAGGAAAUGAAAGAAUUAUAUAUUUAAUUAAUGAUAGAGGAAUGGCAGCAAGUGAAAUUGUAAAGAAAUGUGAUGGAGUUGGAAUUAAAAUGAUAAUUAAUUCAGAAUUAACAAUAGAAGAUAUAUUUAAUUUAUCAAAUAUUAAAAAGGCAGAAGAAGAAGAAGGAGGAUCAUUAGUAGAAAUUAAAGUUAAUCAUGGAAUUGGAAAAAAAGAAAAAAUAAUAUGUUUUACAGAAAUGUGGAUUGUUGAAAGAGAAAUUAAUAAUUAUGGAAUAACAUUUGCAAAACCACUUAAUGAAAUAAUUCAUAUAUUAAGAGGACAAGAUGCUAUGGAAAUUAUUAUUACAUUUAGUGAUGGAUUACAAAAACGAUUUUUUACAACACAAAGAGAACAAUUUAUUGCAACAUUAUUUGAUUGUGCAAUUGCAGCAAAAGCAGAACCUAUUAUUUCAGAUAUUCCAAGAUUUGGAUCAUUAAUUAUUGAAAGAAUGACAAUAGCAGAAAGUGGACAAAUAGAAAUAUCUAUAUUAAAGAAUUUAGCAAAUUUUGAAGGAAAUAAAAUAGUUGAUUUAGAAGCAAAAGAAUUAUUUAUGGUAUUUGUAUUUUUAUUAAAUAAUAAUACAAGUAUUAAUGGACCACAAAUUGCAGAUUCAGGAAGAUCAAAAUUAAUUGGACAAGCAUUAGAAAAAAUGAUAAUAUAUGGAAAAGCAGGAGAAGGAUUUUUACAAAGUAUUUAUAGAUUAUUAUCAACAAGAAUGGGAUAUGAAACAUUUGUACAAAAUAAAAAUAUUAUGGAAAAAUUAGUUGAAAUUAUUGGAAAAGCAUUAGAAAGUGUUAAACCAAUUAUAAUAUUUUGGGGAUUAAGAAUAUGUGGAUUAAUGUUAUAUUCUACAGCAGAAGAAAAUACAGAAAAAAAAGGAAAAUUAGCAGUAAUGAAAUUAGGAUUACAUAAAAAAAUAUUUAAUACUCUUAAAGAAAAUAUUAAAAAAGGAAAUCCAUUUAUAAUUCAUGGAUGUGUUACUACACUUAAAUAUAUUGUUUGUGAACCAUAUUCUAAUACUACAGAAUUUAAUAUGUUUAAUGAAACAAUGAAUUUAAUUGGAAGUUUAGGAAGAGAUUUAUUUAUACUUUUUCAAUCACCAUGUAUUUCUAUUCCACAUAUUGCAGGACAAAUGUUAAAAAUACUUAUAGAAGAAACAGAUAUGGAAGAAAAAAUUAAAGAAUUACAAGAUUAUGCAUUAUUAGAAGGAAUUACAUUACAAUAUUUUUAUACAGCAUGUUUUUCUAAACCAAAAACUACAACACAAAUACUUCAAAAACAUUUAGCAUUACAUUUACUUGAUAUUUUUACAUUUGAACAUAAAGAAACAGAAUCAACAUUUAAAAGAAUAUUACCAUAUGCAUUACUUAAAUAUUUAGAAUCAGAAGAACAACCAAAAGAAGAAAAUGAAGGAAUUGAUAGUGAAAAACGAAAAGGAGUUAAACAACAAGAAAUAAAUAAAGCAAUUGCAUUUUUAAAGAAAUGGAAUAAUGAAAGACAUCAAAAAGGAGAAGAAAUUAGAACAAAACAAAAACAUAUUAAAAAAAAUAAAAGAAAUUGGAAUAUGGUUAUUUAUCAAAUACAUCAACAACAUAGAUGUGCAGAUUUAAUUUGGAAUAAUCAAACAUUACAAGAAUUAAAAGAAGGAAUAAAUAAUGAAAUUAGACAAUUAAAAAAAGAUCAAGAAGAAGGAGAAAUUGCAUGGAAUUAUAGAGAAUUUAUUAUAGAAUAUCAUUCAUUAGAUAAUGAAGUAUGUGUUGAUGGAUGUUUUAUUAAAUGUUUAUUAGAAAAAGGAGAAAUUACAUUAAAUGAACCAAGAGAAUUUUUUGAUACAUUAUAUCAUAGAUGUUUAUUUGAAACAAAUAGAGAAUUACAAGGAUUAGCAAUUCAAGCUAUGAGUGUAAUAUAUAAAAAAUUUAAUAAAGAAAUUGGAAUAUUUAAAGAUAUUUCACAUAUUGUUUCAAUGUUAAAAAUGACAAGAUCAUUAUUAAUAAGAGAUAGAUUAAUUGAAUUAAUUGAUUCAUUAUUAAAAGUAGAAAUUAAUGCAAGAAAAUUUAUUGAUGUUGGAGGAAUUGAUUUAUAUGUUGAAUUAUUAAUUCUUGUUCAUCUUCAUUCAGAUCAUGCUAUUAUUCCAUUACAAACAAAUUUAUUAACAGCAGGAACAAUAAUAGGAGAAUGGUAUUAUGUAGAAAUUAAUAAUAAUAAAAAAGAAAAAAAAGGACCUGUAUCUAUUGAUAAAUUAAAAGAAUUACUUAAAGAAAAUAUUAUUCAAGAAACAACAAUGGUUUGGGCACAAGGAAUGGAAGAUUGGAAAAUAUUAAAAGAUAUUACAGUAUUAAAAUGGACAUUAUUAAAAAAAGAUACAGGAAUAUUAACUCCAAUUGAAUUAUGUCAAUCUAUUUGUAAAACAUUAGAAAAUUUAGUUACUAUGUAUCCAUCACGUGAUAUGCAUGGUAUUUUAUUAAGACCAAUUCCAAGAGCUAAAAGAAUAUUAUCAUCACCAAGAAAUCUUCCACAUAUAGUUCAAUUAUUAUUAACAGCAUCACCAACAAUAAUUGAUAUAACAGCAAGAUUAUUAAAAAAUUUAUUAGAAGAUAAUCCAACAGCACAACCUAAAUUUUAUUUAACAGGAGUAUUUUAUUUUACAUUAAUGUAUUCAGGAAGUAAUUUAAAAGAAAUUUCAAGAUUAUUAUAUGCUACUCAUAGACAACAAAAAAUAGGAGAAUCAGUUGAAUUAUCAAUAUUAAAACCACUUAUUCCACCAUCAUUAAUAACAGUACUUGAUAGAUCUUCUGAAGAAUUUGCAGCAAGAUUUGUUGGAGAAGUUGCUACUCCAGAAAUUAGAUGGAAUAGUUCAAUGAGAAAUUAUUUAAUAGAUAAUAUUUCACAACAUAUUGGAGAUUUUGCAUUUAGAUUAACAUGUAAUCCAUUAGCAGUAUAUUCACAUGUACCAAUUCCACCUAUUGUAUAUGAAGAAUUAAAAGAUGAAUUAUAUUGUGGAAAAAUUUAUCUUAAACAAUUAUGUGAUGAAGAAAAAUAUCCAAAUUAUAUUAUUAAUGAUCCAGUAGGAUUAUUACAAGCAAUAUUACAUACAUGGGUUGAUAUAGCAGAAACACCAAAGAAAAUGUCAACAAAUGAAGCAUGUCAAAUUCUUGGAGUAGAAACACCUGAUGAUAAACAAAAAUUAAGAAAAGCAUAUUAUAAAUUAGCACAAAAAUAUCAUCCAGAUAGAAAUCCAGAAGGAAGAGAAAUGUUUGAAAAAGUAAAUGAUGCAUAUAAUCAACUUAUUGAAAUAGGACCAGAUAAUUCAAAUGAAAAAUCAGAAAUUAUUAUUCAUUCACAAUGUAUUCUUUAUGAAAGAUGUGGAGAAAUAUUAUCACCAUAUAAAUAUGCAGGAUAUGGAUUAUUAGUUCCUGUAUUAGAUGAUAAAGAAUUAAGAAAUAGAGCAUUAGAAUUAGUUUAUUUAACUAUUAAAUCAUCUAUAUUAAAUAUUCAAGAAUUAGCUAGAAUGGGAGGAAUUGGAAUAUUAUUAAAAAUAUUAGAUGAAUUAUGUGGACAAAUUAAAGAAAAUAAUGUAAUAAGUAUUAGAUAUAUUCUUAGAGCUAUGGCAGUUGCAUCUAAAUUUAAAGAAUCAUUAAUAGAAAUUAAAAAAAAUAAUACAAUAUUAUCUAAUAUUAAAAUAUGUCUUGGAAGUGAAUUACUUGGAAUUGUAGAAGCAUCAUUAGAAUGUAUAACAUGUUUUUCAAUAGAUGAAGAAAUAAGAAUUGAUAUGUAUAAUAGAAAUUAUCUUGGAUAUUUAAUUCAUAGAAUUUUAUCAUAUGAUCCAACACUUGAAGAAGCAGAACAAGAAAGUAUUCAUCAAAUGAAAAAUGCUAUUGCUGGAAUGUCAUUAUUAGCAAUGAAAGAAUUAGUUAAAAUUCAAGAAAAUACUAAUGAAACAAAAGCAGUAUUUUCAUUAUUUACACCACAACUUGGAUUAAGAAUUAGAUAUGGUAAUGUUAGUGAAAUAUUAAAUUUAAUUACAUCUACAACACAAACACCAUAUUUAUUAUGGACAAAUAAAACAAGAAAAGAAUUAAUUGAUUAUAUUGAUGCACAUUUAAAUGGAACAAUAGAAUGGACACCAAAAGAAUAUGAAUUAUUUAAAUUUUCAACAUUAAAAAAUGAAUUAAUUAUUAAUGGAGUUUAUAUUAGAUUAUUUAAUGAACAAAUAAGAACAUGUGAACCAUUACCAGAUCCUAUUAUUUUCUUAAGAGCAUGUUUAAAAAUAAAUGAAAUGAAUAAAGAAUGGGAAAAAUUAAGAGCUAUUGCUAUUUAUAAUGUAUUUGAACAAUAUGAUGUUAUUAAUGCAGUUUGUGAUGAUAGUGAAUUAUUAGAAUUAUUAUUUAAUUUAUUAAAAGAAGAACCAGAUGAACCAAUUAUUCAAAAAUCAAUAUUAAAUUGUAUUAAAAGAAUUGUAAGUAAUGGACAAUGUGUUGAAAUAAUUGCUAAAUCUAAAGUAUUAUCUAAAUUUCUUGUAUUACUUCAUCCAUCAAAUUAUCUUGAAGAAGUAAUUCCAUUAACACAAUCAUUAUUUUCAGUAACAAUAGGAUUACAACAAGGAAUAAUUAGAGGAGGAUUACUUUAUCUUUUAAAUCAUUUUGUUAAUGAUAAUGAAUUUGAAAGAAGAAUUCUUGUAUCUCAAUUAAUUGGUAAAAUGUCUACUACACCAGGUAUUGGACCUAAAGUUUCAUUAACAUUAACUAAAUUUUUCCCAAUUGCUAUUAUUAAUACAAUGAAAAUGGAUCCAAGAGGAGCUAUUAUUUUAUUAGAUUCAACUACAGAAACACCUGAAUUAAUUUGGAAUUCUAAAAUGAAAAAUGAUAUUGGAAUUUUUAUUAAUAAAAUGACUAAUGCAUUUUAUACAAAACAACUUUCUGAUUCAACUGUUAAAUGGCAAGUUCCAGAUACUUUUAUAUUUAAAUAUAAAGAACUUGAAAAUGAAUUAUAUAUUGGAGGUGUAUUUAUUAGAAUUCUUAAUAAAAAUCCUACUUGUCCACUUAAUAAUCCAAAUAUAUUUACUGAUGGAUUAUUUAAUAAAUAUCAAGAAUCUGUUAGACAAAGAGAUGUUAAUAUGAUGAAUACCCUUGCUAAAACAGCAGCAAUAUUUUAUACUAAUCAACCUCAAUGUUUAGAUUAUUUACCAUCAUCAGGUCAUUUAUCUAAACUUAUAGAAUUAUUAAAGAAAGCACCAAGUGAAUCUCUUUUUAUUAUUCUUCAAGUUAUUGUAAGUAAUAAAGAAUGUAAAGAAAAAUUAAUUGAUGAAAAUGCAGUACCUAUUCUUGCUAUUACUAUUACUCAAAUGAUAGAUUAUGCACAAUUAAUUUCUGAUAUCUUUAGAUCAAUGACUUCAAAUGUUGAUUGUAAAGGUGUAUUAUGUUUUGUACCUAAAUUAUGUGGAGAAGAUGUUCAAGAAUCAUUAUUUAAAAUACUUGAUGGUAAUUUUGAUCAACAACUUGGUUCUUCUUCUCCAGAAGUUAAGGCAUUGAUAGUUGAUGCUUUACAAAAUGCUUUACAAGAUUCUACACAUUCAGAUCAAUUAGAAUAUUGUUUAGACCAACAUCCUUCUUGGGCUAAAUAUUCAAAACAAAAACAUGUUCUCUAUCUUUCUGGUGCAUCAUCUAUUGCUGGUUAUAUUGCUGGUCCUACUUCAAGUGGGGCUGUAGGCUUAUUGACUGCAGCAGAAGAUGCAUCAAUCCAUCGACCAGAUGCACCACCCGAACUUAAAUAA